GGGCAUCCCGCGGCGGCGGAGCCCCGGCGGAUCUGUCAGGUCCCUGCUGUCCCUUCCCGCACACACACACACUCAGCCCGACCCGGAAAGCAGGAAAAAUAAUUUACAAGGUUCCCCCCACCCCCCCUCCUUCUUUUACUUUGCUCCUCGCCCGUAGCUCCCUAGUGGAAAAACCGCCCGCAGGGCGAAAAGGGGGAAGUUGGUAAAAAGCCGGUGGUGAAGGGAGAAAGCUGCUCCGUGGGGAGGGCACCCCCAAAGCAGCGGGCAGCCCCCACCCGCCCCGGGGCGGGGGGGAGAUGAGGUAGAGGCCGGCGGCGGAGCGCCCCGCCGGGCGCCGUGGCCGCGGAGGGCAUGAGGCGGCGAGCGGCGAGGAUGGGCGCCAGCGCACGGUGCUAGAGCCCCGGCAGCAGCCGAGGUCUGAGAGGACGGCAGCCUGUACGAUACAGAGGGAUCUGUUUUUCAAAAUGGAAUUGCAGCUCGCGCUCCUUCUCGCCGGGAUAAUCGCGUUUUCGGACUCGGCGAGAGCCCUAUACAGGACAUAAAAGUCCUCAGUGUCCUGCUCUGGCCCUUCUCCACGGGGACGAAUGCCAUCUUGGUCACUAACCUUUAGUGACGAUGUCCUGCAGCAAUGUAGCUCCUACCACUCCACACCUCCGGUUGGAUACAGGUCCUCCAAGGAUUGCCGAUAAAGUGAUUCACCGUCAGUCCGUGAGGUUAGGGAGGACCAUCAAGCUUCUGUGCCCCGUGGAGGGUGACCCCCCGCCCCUCACCAUGUGGAUGAAGGAUGGACGCACUAUCCACAGUGGCUGGACAAGGUUCCGAAUCCUUCAGCAAGGGCUGAAAAUCAAGGAGGUGGAAAGCGAAGAUGCAGGAACCUACAUUUGCAAAGCAACCAAUGGCUUUGGCAGCACCAACGUGAACUAUACCCUCAUUGUGAUUGAUGAUGCCAGCUCAAGAAAGGAUAGCCAGGCACCUGAAGGCUCCAAUGGUGAAUAUGAAGAUCAUUCUGGGAAGCAAUGGGCCCGGCCCAGGUUCACACAGCCUGCCAAGAUGAGACGGAGGGUGAUCGCCCGUCCUGUCGGCAGCUCCAUCCGCCUGAAGUGCGUGGCCAGUGGGAACCCACGGCCUGACAUCAUGUGGCUGAAGGACAACAAACCCCUGACACCCCAAGAGAUUGGGGAGAACAAGAAGAAGAAGUGGACGCUGAACCUGAAGAACCUGAAGCCAGAGGAUAGUGGGAAAUACACCUGCCGAGUGUUUAACAAAGUUGGAGAAAUCAAUGCAACGUACAAAGUUGAAGUAAUCCAGAGGACGAGAUCCAAACCCAUCCUGACAGGGACGCACCCUGUCAACACAACAGUAGACUAUGGUGGGACCACAUCCUUCCAGUGCAAAGUCCGCAGUGAUGUCAAACCCGUCAUCCAGUGGCUGAAAAGGGUGGAGUAUGGCACAGAGAGCAAGUACAACUCAACCAUUGAUGUUGGGGGACAGAAGUUUGUUGUGCUGCCUACGGGGGAAGUCUGGUCCCGUCCCGAUGGUUCCUACCUGAACAAACUGAUGAUUACUCGAGCCAAGGAAGAGGACGCGGGGAUGUACAUUUGCCUGGGGGCAAACACCAUGGGCUACAGCUUUCGCAGCGCUUUUCUAACAGUCCUGCCAGAUCCCAAGCCCCCGAGCGCACCUGUGCCCCCUUCCUCGGCCAGCAGCCUGCCCUGGCCUGUCAUCAUUGGCAUCCCGGCCGGAGCUGUCUUCAUCUUUGGGACGAUCCUUCUGUGGCUUUGCCAGACCAAGAAGAAACCCUGCUCCCCUCCAGCUGCUGCCCCCGUGCACCGGCCGCAGCCCCGGGACAGGAUCUGCGUCUCCCAGGUCCCCGACAAAGACUGCAUCUCCUCCAUAAACUAUGAGGAAUAUGUUGCCCAGCAGCAGCAUUUAUUGUCCCAAGGGCCUGCACUCGCCCCGGCCAUGGCAUCCAAAAUGUACCCAAAGAUUUACACGGACAUCCACACCCACACCCACUCACACGUGGAAGGCAAAGUCCACCAGCACCAGCACAUCCAGUACCAGUGCUAAGAGGGCGGCCGUGUUCAGUAGUAGCUCGUUUGGGCUUUUCCUCGUGGUACCUCAGAAGAGACUGCUCCAAGUCAGCUCACACUGCCAGCAAUAGGCAAAGCAGACAGAAAAGAUUAUAUAUAUAAUUUUAAAUAUAUAUAUAUACAUAUAUAUAUAAUUGUAUAUGCGUGUGUGUAUGUGUGUAUAUAUAUGUGUAUAUAUCUAUAUCUAUCUAUAUAAAUGUAUAUAUAAUAGACAAAGAGAGAAAAGAGAUUUUUUUUUUUUUUAAUUAUUGCAAUCAGGAUGUAGCUGAGGAAUAAUGAAGGAACUCCAAAUCUCAGUAGAGAAGCAGCCAUCUCCAACAGCAGAGGCUUCCUGGAUUUUUUAAUCAAGGUGGGGACAAGUGAGACAGGACACAGGGACGUGAACCAUCACCUCCUUGCUUGUGUUGCUAAAAGGAGUGAGAAGAGCAAGAGGCAACUGUGGUGUUUUUCUGGAUGGGCACAGCUGUUCCUGCACCUGCUGCACAUCACUCGUUUCAGUGGGAAGCCCCCAGACCCAUCCUGCUCCAUGUGACUUGAGCGGCAAAGUACCUGAGGUUUAAUGCCAAUUGAAUAACCAGUUCACCUGGUGAAAAAAAACAACACAAGAGGGUCUGGAAAAGCUAAUUCCUGUUCACAAUAUGAAAUGCCAAAUGCUUCUCAAUCACAGUCAUUUGAUCUGAAAUAAUAACCAAGCUGGUUGGUUCAAUUUCUGCCAGUUGAAGGCAUCGUGUUUCCCACGGAGUGUUCUGCAGAUCAAACAACACGUGCUUCACUCCCCUGGUCCUGGGACUCAGUACCACUACCAGGAAAAUGGAAAGAAGGAAAGAGGAACAUUGUACAGAACACCUUUAUAUUUAUAUUUAAGAAAUAAUAAUAAUUAAUAAUAAUAAUAAUAAUUGAACUGCUGAUGGUGAAGAAGGUAGAACAUGCUGUCCUUCUCUGAUGGCUCACAGUGACAAGCUACUGGAUUUUCUACAUCAAUGCGACAUACAUGAAAAUAUUAGAAAAAAAGAGUGAGAAAAAAGCAGAAUGAAAUAAUAAUUCUGUAGGAAAAAAUGUGUUUGAAGAAUAUUCAACUAGGUUGUGUGUGGUUGUCCCCACCUCUCAGAUAACUUUUCGGAAAUGAUUCAACUUCAUUGCACUUCAAACAAUAGUAAAAACAGAAAGAAGAGAAAAUAAAUAAGGACCAUAUUAAAUACCUAUAUGGACUGGAAAUGAAUCCAAUUGCAAAUAUAAAACCUUUGUAAUUCUAUAUAGAGUUUAAACAGAAGUCGUGUAUAUUUAAUUUAUUUUGUUAAACAAGAAAAAAAAUGUAUGAUAUUUUCCUUGAAACAGGCAUUUCUAUACAUAUUUUUGAUCAAAGAAAAUAAAGAAUUUUUUUUUUUUUCAGGUUCUAUAGAUGCCAUGCUCAGAAUAUUCUCAAUGUAGCACGUGACCAACUGUACUUCUAACCUGGAGGUCAUCUAUUUCUAUGCCUUUUUACACUAGCCACGCGUAACCUCCUAACAUCGCAGGUACCUCUGGUGCCAUUCUUUCCGUCAGAAGCUGAUCUUUUCCACUGUUCAUAUUCUGGCUGUGAGGGCCUGCAGUGGCCAGAUCACUUCUCAUGGAUCCCUUGUCAUCUUCAAUAGCAAAGUUCUCCGUUUAGAGGGAAAUCUGUUUCACUAUGCAUUUGUUUUUGAAGCACAAACCUGCAGCGUGUUUUCUUUUUAAAAGAAAAUUUUGUAAAUCAAAAUAUAAUAAUUUGCAAGCCUGUAAAAUGAACUUCAGCCUCAGGGUGCUUGGAAAGGAUUAAUGUAGGUGAAACACUUGUGUUUGUAAAUGCAACUGCUGAAGGAGCCCGUGGUGGUUGAGUUGGGUGCAGAAGGAGAGCACGAAGGGGGAGAUGCCAAGGAGAGGCAUCCAGCCCUUUAGCAACCAAUGUUUUCUUCAGAAAGGCAGGUUCAGCAAUGCUGCAACUGUUUGCUGUUCAGUGCAGUUUCUCUUAAAGUUUGCUGGGGAAAAAAAGAAAAGAAAAAAAGCCCUGAUAAUUUGAAACAUGCCAAUUUUUAAGUUUGAAAUUGCUUUCUUCUCAAGCCUGCUGUGCAAGAGAGAUCUUCAGCAAACCAGCUGCUCCGUUUCAAAGUGAAACACUUCAUUCAACCUGAAACAAAACAAUGCUUUAGGCUUUGCUUUUCCCUGGACUUUUCUGAAGGUAUUUGCUCUGGGUUGACCUGCAGUGAUUUUUCUGUUGACUUCUUUGAGUCACCAGCAAACCAAACAGUUCCCUGUUUGCUCAGCCGUGGUGCUCUGAGAUGGAGCUGCGAUUCAGCAAAGCACGUGAGCUCCUGAUCUCUUUCACCAAUUCAUGCUGCUACUAAAAGUCCCUUUUUUUUUGCCUCAGCCAUCUGGAUUGGUGGCUCCAUCCCUGCCCCCUGUGCCAGUGCUGGCAGAACCCAGCCAUUAGCAAUAGUACUGGUGCAGGGGAGGAGGAGGGGGAGAAAGUGGAAGAGGGACACCUUCCUACUCACCUGGAGUUUGCCAACAUGUGCUGUUGCAAUACAGCACUGCAUAGCACAUUCUGAUGCUUUCCUACAAGCUGUAGCAGGAACUCCACGUUAUAACCUCUACAGAAAGACCAUCCCUCACGAUGAUCUUCCUGUAUGAAUAAUAACAUCAUCAGGAGGGUUCAGUUACAUUCUGUUAACACAAAUUUAUGAAGUCCAAAAUAGCUAAAUUCAGAUCAUGGGUAUCUUUGCCUGCAUCCUCUCAGCUUCAGGGAGACAUCAUUAUGAGCACUGUGGUCUCUGUUUGGAUAUAAGGUAUGAUUUAGGCAGGAGUUCUUAAUGGCUGUAGUUUAUUGAGUGAUUUCAAUUAAUAUUAAAAAAAAAAAAAAAAAAAAAAAAGGAAAACAAACCAAAUAAAACACACUAAAAAGCCUUUAUACACUAAAUGCAUCACCUUCAUCUGAUAAAGGCAAUAAGUGGAUUCUUCCAUGAGAUAUACUAAGGGCUACAUCUCAUAUCUCAAGCCAACUUACUGCUCAAUAGUAUGUACUGAGCUACUGCAGGUGUGAGCAGCGUUGGGGACAUGGCAGAGGGUGGGAUGUACAUGUAGCCCUCUGGCCCUUCUCUGUUCUCUGUGCCAGGCUGCAGCGAGAUGACACUUCUAACACAUACUGUGUGGCGGAACUGAUUCCAGCAUCAAAUGUGGGGGUGAACACUGGUUUUGUGUGGUUGAGCUCUAAGCAAACACUAUGUCCUGUAGCACUUUCAAAAAUUGUAGCUGUAUUGCUCACCCUCAGAGUGGGGGUUAGUGGGUUAAAAGAAGCAAUUCUGCAUUGCCCAUCCAGCACAAUCUUCCACGCUGAGCGUAAUGCUCUCCACCGGUGCCUUUUACCCUUUGUGAUCCAGCUCUGGUGUUGUAUCACACAGUAAAACACUUUAUGUAUUGCCAGAAACACAUAAGGAGUGACUUCUUCCUGCUGUUUAUAGCUCCUACCUUUAGACACAAAUCUCUAGUGAUGCUGAUAGAGGGAUUGCCAAAGGGGAACACCACAACAAACCACCCAGCAUGGAUGGUGCAGUGGCCAAGCGCAGCUGCAGCUCUCAGCCACGGUGCUGAGAAGGCAGCUCUGGUUUUGGAUGCAUCAUGUGAGAUGCUAUAAAGGUCUUGAUCUGCAGAAAGCUUGGGGUUUUCAUGCUGCCUUGGGUAUCAGCUCCCUCUUAAGCAUCUCUGGUUGGGCACCUAAAUAGUUGUGAAAUUUCCCCCUAGGAAAAUACCAUCAUGUGCUCUAUUUAAGAAGGGCUCUAUAUAUUGUCUGGGCCUUGUUGCUGGCUUGCUGUGACUGGGUGGGUUUUGCAUUUCUGAGGAGUUAUUUUGCCUCCAGAGGGAAUCUGUAAGUGCCCUACUUCAUGCCAUUUAUUUUUGAGGCUUGAUUGUGCCUUGCAUGUACUGCAAAGUCUUCCUUACUCUAAAUAAAUUCAGCCAGGUCCUGCUUGUGUUUGAAUUUGUUUUUCAUCAGUGGGACAAGAUUUGGACUGAUCUUCACUCAUGAAUAGAGGAUAUUUAAAGAAGAAAACCGUAGUCUUGCAAUUAACUACUCUAUUUUGAACACAGAAGUUUUUAUGUAAUGUAUAAGUAUACGUGUACAUAUAGGCAUAUAGAUAUAUAUGCCAGGCUGUGAUACAGAAGACAGUUGUACUUUUAAAGCCAUGUGACUUCAAAGAUCAAAGGAUUCUUAGGCUUAAAACUCACCAUCUUUGUUUAAUUUAUUUGCAUUACAGAUCAAACAUGGCCUUACAUGCCAGUUUGUGUGUGGCAUUUUUAAACUUUGUAUGGACAAUCUUUGUAUGGUCAGUCCCUUUCAAACUAAAAAAAAAACCCCAUUCAUCAGACAUUUAAAAUAAAAAGUGCCAUGUGAUCUUCAGUCAAUAGCAAAUAUGGUAACUGAACACAUCAAAAUGAGACAGCAUGACAGAGUGUGUGUAUGUCUGUGACUGUGUAAUAAAAGUUACAGAAGAAAGGAAUAAAAGCCUGGAAAUGUGUUAAUAGACUAUAGAGUUCUGUAAACUUACCAUGUUUUGAAGGGAAAAAUGUCUAUGCGUGUGUGAGAGGUUGUGAAUGUAGGUGUGUUUGCACACAUCAGGGAUAUGUGCUGGCAAGACAAGCAGAAAAUAUUGCAGAAUUACCUUUGCACCACAACUCGGUCUAAUAUUUUGUGCAGGUGCUGUGAAUCCAAAAGAGGUAUUGGUUUUUAUAAAAUUUGGAAAAGGUUUCUAUUUUUUAGCAAAAAUAAACUGUUUUUCCUCUCUCUACCUCUAGAGCCAAAUGCCAUAGUUGCACCAGGACCCAAAAUGCCACUAACAAGAUGAAAUGUUGGGGUCCCUCAGGCUGAUGGCCAAAGUUCAGUGCGUGGAGUGGAGCAGAGAUUUCAGGGUCAAGCCCAGCACCUCCACCCCAUUGAGGCAAAUGUGUCUCACUACUCACUCCAGAGCCAGCAGAUAUACAAGCUGUGACAAUUUUAAGUUAAGAAAAGCUGGCUGUCACCCAAACUUCAUCUUGACAUGACCUAAACCUUUGACCCAAACAGCCCCAUGCAGAAAUUGCAGACUUGGGGUGGGAAAGAGGAAAUAUUUCUCUGUCAGCUUAAUUUCUGUGGCUCUCCAAAACUCUUCAGAGGUUUGAAAUAUUGGAAGAAAGCCCCAGGGGAGAUGUAGCAGUGAGCAAAAACUGUGAGGUGGUCAAAGGUUAAUGGGGAAUUUAUCAUGGUUUUGUUAUCUGGUCAUCACUUCCGUCUACAUGGGGUAAGUUGAGUGUGCCCAGGACUCCAAAUGUCCCACGGUCAAUUUUUAUUCCACAUACAGCACCCAUUCCAGCUCUUGCAGAUGCCAGUGGGAAAAAAAUCCCUGCAAUGUCCAUUGGGAAAUCAAUGGAGUCAUUGCAAGGUUUUUACAUAUCUUUUUUGGCUGGCCCAUUGGCAGAGAAAGAUGUGACAGGACUUAACGGCAAGAGUAGGAAGCCAGACACAUUUAAAUGGGAAAUGCACAUAUUUUGGAAGGAGUUAACAAAGGAAGGGUAGACACUGCAUCUCUCACAAUCUUCAAAACAAGGCUGGGUGAUUUGUGGAGAGGGUGUUUCAUCUGGAUGCAAGAUUUUGGGAAUGUUAUUGGGUUGAAAGGAUACAUCUAGUCCAGAUGGGGUCAUCUAGUGGUCCCUUCUGGCCCUAAAGAAGUUUAGUCCAUCUGCAGAAAAGAGGAGGCACAAGCGCAGGUCCCCUGCACCCAGCACACAUGCACCAUAGGCCUUACGGCAACAUUUGGCACAGGAUAGCCCUGCUCAGGCUGCACACCCAGCUCCACUUGCAUCCAGACUGUAAAUAUGUGAUCUCAGCACUUUCCAGCUUAUUACUACAGUAAUGGUGUUAUUUAUAUAGACUGGAGCUGUGCAUUGACAUUUACUGUGUCUGCAAGAAGCCCCUGGUGUAAACAGCAGCGUAGCCCGGUGUGUGCACACACCACUCCUCUGUGCUGUCAGCGUUUUAGAAAAUCAUACUGGAUCCACUGCAGUUAGUGUCAUGAAGAAUUUACGUGGGAAUUUGAAUGUAAACACAUGUGGUUAACAGUCUGCUCAAUUGCUGGAGCGAGUUCAGAGAAGGGCAACGAAGAUGGUGAGGGAUCUGGAGCACAAGGAUGACGAGGAGCAGUUGAGGGAACUGGGGCUGUUCAGCCUGGAGAAAAGGAGGCUGAGGGGAGACCUUAUCACUGUCUACAGCUGCCUGAAAGGAGGUUGUAGCAUGGAGUGUGUUGGUCUCUUCUCACAGGUAACAAACCAUAGGACAAGAAGAAAUGGCCUCGAGUUGCUACAGGGGAGGUUUAGCUUGGAUAUUGGGAAACAUUUAUUCCCAGAAAGUGUUGUCAGGCAUUGGUACAGCUGCCCAGGGCAGUGGUGGAGUCACCAUCCCCAGAGGUGUCUAAAAGAUGCAUAUAUGAGGUUCUUAGACACAUGGUUGAGUGCCAGUGUUAGGUUAAUUGUUGGUCUCAAUGAUCUUGAUGGUCUUUUCCAACCAAAAUGAUUCCAUGAUUCUAUAAACUUAUUCCUGGUGUAAGCAUCUUCCAUUCCCUUUUAUCACGGAUGAGAGCCAGCUGGGAUCCUGCCCUGCCCUCGCCAUGGGCUGGACACAGCUCCCCCCCAGCACACUCAUUUGGAUGUGAGAUGUUGUAUGCUGGGUUGUACAGUUUGGCCAAAGUAACCGUGCAGGUCUCCUACAUGCGUGGGAUCCCAGUGAGUGUUAGACCCACGGAGGGGACACUCACGUACAUUUUUCUGUGAACGGAUGGAUGUAGGGAGGGUGUGAGGGGUAUAGUGACAAAAGCGCGUAGCUCUACCGAGUGGAUUUCACCUAUAGAUCUCAGCAAGAAUCUCACAGAGGAAAAAGCGAGGCAUGAAGGUAGCAGCCAGGGUUAGUGUCUGUCAUUCAAACAUGCUGGGAUAGACCCAGGACACCUGACAGGUCAGUUCUGUAUUCUGGACCUGCCAGAAAAUGCUAAUAAUUAGGAAUUAUAGGCAUUCCAGACUUUCUCUUGACCAUAACUUACCAGCAAAGCACCUCUUGGGCAAAGAUUCUCAGCUUUUGGAAGUUUUCUACAAAUGCAAAAAACAAAAGCAAACAAAAAACCACUCCCAAAACAAACAAACAAACAAGUCAAUUAUAGUAGUUGAAAACAGGAAAUAAUGGCUGAUAAAGCCAUAUUUAAAAUAUUUGUGUUACACUGACUGUUAAGUGGCACAUAAAUCUUGUCUGUGCAUAGAGUCUGGAGGAAAGAGGAUGCCCAUUUUACAUUUUGUGUUUAGCCCAGGCACAUUUGUGUGUGUUUACCACCUUCAGGUCUCUGAGAGCAAUAUGUGGAGCUAUAACCUUUAUUUGUCCUUAUUUUAGAUUUUACACUUUUUCUUUCUUUUGCCUUUUCCUUUCUGCCAGUCUAUUAUAAUUAGGAUUUAAAAUAUCCCCCAAUAUACGUGGACAUCAGCAAAGCAUUGAAUAUUCUAUUUUUUCUCAUUUUCGCUAACCAAAUCCAAUCCAAAGCGCUAUUUCUGUCUGAGCUGAUCUAUGCUUUAGUGAGAGGAGUAAUAAAUAACACUUUAGACCAGACUUCAAAAUGCCUUUUUUUCUUUUGAUCCAAGUAAUUAAAGUCAAGCUGCUGUUCCUGAGCGUUUUCUGAUGGAAUUACACGAGUUACACAGCUCUUCAUUUGUAUGUUAUUAAGCAUUAUGUUUUAUUGCUGCUGUUGAAACAAUUAGUACCUAAAUAUGCCCCAUAUUCUCAUAAAGAGGCAGUAGCAGUGUUAAUGUUAAUGCCCUAGUUAGCAGUUUGUUUCCGUACGGACUCCACUGUCGUGCUCGAAUACCAUUCACUAUCAAUCAGAUCUCUACUGAUGCCCUUCUCCUGUUGUUUUCCUGCAAUCAUUUAACUGUGCAAUGAAGUGAGGAUAAGUCGAACAAUAAAGUUAAGUAAAAAUGGCAUUUCUCUAAACACAGGAAUUUUCUUAAGUUCAUUGCAAGUUUUGGUUAUAAAAAGGCCAGUGCUUCACGGCCAUCGGUCAUUUUGACAUUUUUAUGGUGGUUUUAUUACCCCUGGCUCAUUUCCAUGCUAAAGCGAACAUUUGUAACAAUACUUGCUUGCUCUGUUAUGAUUAGGAUUGUGCUUUUGCCGCACUUUGUUCGGCUGUUGCUGUGCUCAGUAAUGCUCUUGGCACACGUCUUCCCAGACCCCACGGUGUGUUUAUUCAAAAGGAAGGAAAAAGAAGUGUCUACUAAAACAAUAAACUACUACUGCUUGCUUUAACAUGGCCAUAACUUCCCUGUUCUGCAAACAAUAAGUUAGCAAAGCUGUUAGGUAAACUUGCUCCUUCACUGUUGAAAAAAUAAAUAUUCAUGAAGCUUA